CUUAGCUGGAAGCUAGAUUCUGUGGGUGGAUUCGAGCUGGAUCAAUCCCAAUCGACCCCCUUCUGCUUCCCUUAUAAAUACCUCAUUCUUUCUGCUAUCCGUAUCCAAUUAUCCAACACUCCAAUCGACAACCAACAUAGUUCUCCUUCACCUGCUACUGCUUUAACAGUAUGGCAGUGACCAUAGUAGCUCUAGCUUCGCUCACCUGCUUCUGUUUUUCCGCCUUGCUCCUGCUCUUUUCCUUCUUUCAUGGCCUUCGCAGGCGGUGCAGCAAGCUACCAUUACCUCCUGGCUCCAUCGGUUGGCCAUACGUUGGAGAGACCUUCCAACUCUACUCCCAAAAUCCCAAUGUCUUCUUUUCUCAGAAGCAAAAGAGGUUCGGGUCUAUCUUCAAAAGCCACAUAUUGGGGUACCCUUGUGUAAUGCUCACGAACCCUGAAGCUGUUCGGUAUGUGUUAACUCAAUCUCGGCUGUUCAAGCCAACUUUUCCUGCGAGCAAAAUGAGGAUGCUGGGGAGGGAGGCACUGUUCUUCCACGAGGGCGACUACCAUGCCAAAUUGAGGAAGUUGGUCGUCAGAGCCAUCUUGCCGGAAUCGCUCUCGAAGAAGGUUCCGGAAAUCAAUUCCAUAGCGUUAGACUCUCUGAAGUCUUGUGAUGGUCGAUCAGUAAUUGCCUUCCAUGAGAUGAAAAGUUACGCCUUCAACGUUGCACUGCUUUCCAUUUUUGGAAAGGACGACUGCUUCGACAGGGAAGAGCUGAAGCGACUGUACUACGUGUUGGAGAAGGGAUACAACUCCAUGCCCAUCAAUCUGCCCGGAACUCUCUUUCACAAGGCCAUGAAGGCGAGGAAGCAACUAAGCGCGAUCGUGGCAGCAAUCCUUCACAACAGAAGGGAGAAGGCAGAGCAGCAUAAUGAUCUGCUCAGUUCGUUCAUGAGCGAGAAAGCAGCUCUUACUGAUGCUCAGAUUUCAGACAACGUUAUCGGUAUGAUCUUUGCAGCCAGAGAUACAACCGCCAGCGUUCUGACAUGGAUCCUCAAGUAUUUGGCAGAAAAUCCCUCCGUCCUUAAAGCAGUCACAGAAGAGCAGGAGGGAAUAAGGAGGGCCAAAUUGAACGGUGAUGGAGACGAAGGUCUAACAUGGGCAGAUACAAGAAGCAUGCCCCUAACAUCUCGGGUGAUAAUGGAAACGAUGAGAGUUGCCAGCGUUCUGUCAUUUACAUUUAGAGAAGCUGUGGAGGAUGUUGAAUAUGAAGGAUACCUGAUUCCAAAAGGAUGGAAAGUCCUACCCUUGUUCAGGAACAUCCACCACAAUCCUGAAAUCUUUCCUGAUCCUGAGAAAUUCGAUCCUUCAAGAUUUGAGGUUGCUCCCAAAGCUCAUAGCUUUUUACCAUUCGGAAAUGGAAUCCACUCUUGCCCUGGGAACGAGUUGGCGAAGCUGGAGAUCUUGGUGCUCCUUCAUCACAUAACCACAAAGUACAGGUGGACCUUUUUGGGAUCCCAAAGUGGAAUUCAGUAUGGCCCAUUUGCACUCCCUCAGAAUGGGCUGCCCAUUCAGUUGUCCUCAAAAGACACGCCAUGAAUGACAUGGAUUCUGCAGAGUGCACUGUGCAGACAACCUGGAUGUUGCAAACCUCCAAGGGAAAAAGGUCCAGUUAAAAAGUGGAACCAGGAAAUACAGUCUGAGAGAGGGCUCUGCCUGACUUUCAGAGCCCCAAAAGUAGUGCUCCAUCGUUCAAGGAAACAGAAAAUGAUAAGAAGAACCAACCAUUCAUAAAAGGAAGCGGUCCUGCUCCUUCCAGGAAAGGGCCACAAAAAAGGAGGGAAGAAAAGCAGUUUUGGGUACACUGCCAUAGCUCAACUGCAAGGAGAUUAUAGUGUAUAAAUAUUAUUUCCACUUUGAGAGAAUAAUAACAAUUACUAAUCUACAACUAUUUCAGCCUAACAUAAUCAGUCGACAGAGAGAGAGAGAAACUCUGGAUGGGGACUAGAUGUGGCUCUGAAUGUAAAUCUGAAAUUUCUUUUCCAAUCAUUGCAUGUGGAAAAGAUUGUGUAGCUCUUCAAAGUCCAAACUCUGUUCUCUUUC